GAGGGAGGGGGGGCGGGGGGGAAGGCAUAGGCUUCGGGCUGGACUCCAAUUCCCACAAUGCUUCGCAGACAAGCCCUGCCACCCGCUCAGUGUGAGCGGAGCUCAUUGGUGAAGGGACGGGGCCCUCGGCAGUCCUAUCAGCUCCCCUUUCAUUGUGCGGUAGCAGCAACCGACGUACACACAUUAAGCAGAGAUCGCUACAGCCUCGGCAUCCCCCAGGUCUGCCCGGUUCUCCUCCUCCUUUUCCUGCUGCCCUUGCUCCUAAGUGCUGGUUGCUGAGUUUCUGUGUCUGCGUACUACAGAGUCGAGGGAGAGCUAUGAAUCUGGGGGAUGGCUUAAAGCUUGAAACUGAAGUGUUGGAUGGAAAACCUAGGCUGAUACUGGCUCCUUGUGUGAGUAAGUCCAAACCAAGUGUAAAGAUAUGCAAUAAAAACAAAACGUUAAAACAUACAUUGAAAACAAAACAGAACGGGCAUGUUCAGAAAUCAGUGCAGACUACUUACGAGAAGAACGAAUGUUUAACAAAACCUAAAACUGGAACCAGACUUUCAGAGAUAAACGCUGUGAAAAAUCAUGAGACUUUGUUAUCCACUAAGGAUUCAUCAAAGGAAUCUUGCAAUAAAGACCAUGCUUUUAUCAUCCAAAAAGACAACACAACUGUAAAGCCUGAUAACACCAGAACGUCAUUUAAGAAACCUUUGGCAUCUAGCAAGAAGUUUAAAAAGCAUCCUGUUUCUGAGGAUCUAAGGGACAACUUGGUAUGUUUAACGCAACAGCAGCUUGAACAGAUUUUAAUGGCAGUAAAAGAAGGAACUAAAGGAGCUUGCCAGCUUCAGAAUGAAAAGAAGGAACAAACAAUAUCAAACAGUGCAGCUAGUAACCUUCCUGUGAACCAAGCUCCUGAAGAAGAGAACAUAAUGAGAUUGCUCCAGAAAGCUGGUGAAGCUCCGUCUGUUCCCAGUGAACAUAGUUUCAUUUCAAAGACAAAGCAAGGAUCACCCAAGCAGAUUGAACAGAAAGUUAUCAUGAAUUCAUGGAAACCAGCUGACAUGUUUAGUAAUCUUGGUGAAAGAGAAAGGGAUAAAACGUUAUUGGAUGCAAAGAAGUCCCAGUGGAAGAAGGAACUAGAUGAACAGGUAGCUUUAAAAAAGAAACUCAAAGAAACCUUGGAGUCGGAGACAAAAUAUCACUGGUCACAGAAAAUUGAUACAGUGAAAUGCUGCUCAGAAAAACUGCAGUUCUCUAAUCAAGCUAAGAUGGCAUUUUCAGAUGACUUGAGUGCUGCAACGGAAGAUACCCACACUUGUAGAAUUUUAACCACUGAACCUAGCGAAGCCUCUCCUGGUCUUUCAAGUGGCCAAACUGGACAGUUCUCUAGUUUCAGUUCUCCUGACUUGCCAGUUGCUAUUCGAACAGCAUUUGUGCUAGGGGAAGCGACACCUGUGGAACAUCCCUUUAUUGCUGUAAAACGCGAACAACAGAAAAAGUGGCUCGAAGAACUUGUUAAACAGAAAGAAGCUGAUAAACUACGGAAAAUGGAAGAAAAAUAUAAUUUUUCAAAGGGUGAAGAGCAUGACAAGUGGACAGUGCAUUUUGAUUCUUUCAGGAAUCACUCUAUCUCACAAUAUCCUUUAAAUACAACAUACAAAAAACAGCCUGAAGCUUUACACCUUUCCCUUGAACCUCAAGACCAAACUACUUUUACACAUACACCUGUAUGCCAUCCAACACCUACAGAGGUAGAAAGUUCGGGAAAAGCAAUUGGAAACAGUGUUGUAGAGCCAAGUCAGAAAGCCAGUUUUCUUCGCUCAAUGACUGCCCUCUUGGAUCCUGCUGAAAUUGAAGAGAGAGAUAGGCGGCGACAAAAACAGCUAGAACACCAGAAAGCCAUUAUGGCUCAAGUAGAAGAAAAGCGUAAAAAGAAACAACUUGAAGAAGAGCAAAGAAAGAUGGAAGAGCAAGAAGAAGAGAGUCGGCUUGCAAGAGAACAGGAGUUGAUGAAACAGCAGUUUGAAGAAGAUCUGCUCAAACAAAAGCAAAAAGAGGAAAUCAUGACUCUUAAAACAAAUGAGCUAUAUCAGACAAUGCAAAAAGCUCAAGAGCUGGCCCAGAGAUUAAAACAAGAACAGCGUAUUAAAGAGCUGGCUCAGAAAGGACAUGAUAUUUCCAAAUUGCAGAAGAAUCUUGGUGGUGGUGAUGCACAAUGUGAUAGUUAUUCUGCUGACCUGAAUGGCUUUAUGGAUGUCAGUGAUCAUCAUGCCAAUUGUUCUGGAGAGAAGAGCAAUAUAGUAAAUCAGGAUAUUAAGAAUAUUCUCUCUCCUCGGAAAGACACUGCUGUGCAGACAGAUAGUGUUAACAUUGAUGUACGCACGAGUUCUGAAAUUUGCACUGAGCGAAUUAGGAAUGGAAGAGUGGACUGUGUAUCUCCAAAUGUUUCUACUGAAUAUAAAGUGGAUGUUAACAGCAAGAAAUGCAAGCAAGAACCACAGUAUGUAGACAAGAAGAUUUCAGAAAAGGAAAAUAUUGUCAGCUAUAGUGAUCUUUAUGAACAAUGUGAACAAAAACAGAAGCAAACCAAGCCAAUGGAAAGGAAUGGGAAAAGACCAGACUGGAACAUAAACAAACCUUGCAAAAGGUAUAUUCCAGCAUCCGAAAGGUAUCCAAGACGUCUUCAAAAGCAAAGGGAAGAAAAGAAAGCCAGACGCCAAAUGGAACUGCUACAGUUGGUUGAAAGAAAUAGCCCUGGAAAUCUUUCUCAAAAGAAAAGUUUUUCGCCAGAUAGAUCCCCCUCAGCUUCACAUGAAGAUAUUAAGAAUAAGGUGAAUGCAGUAAGAAAGGAAGAAUCAUCAUCUAAAAACAACCUGAUUGAGCAAAGAUCUGAAUCACCACCUGUUCCAGCAGUUAAAAAUAAACAAACAAAGGCUUCUGAUUUUCCAGCUCAUGAUGGAAGCGAGGACAGUAUCUACACAGAUAAGCAUCAGAGUGAAAGACUUUGUCCUUGUGCUGAAACAGAGAGGCCACCUUCAUCUCACUUUGUUCCCUAUGUACGAACAAAUGAAGUAUAUUACCUUGAUCCAGAUGCACUUAUGACUAGACCUUCGACGCAUGAUCUGCAAUACCAACAGCUGAAUGGUACUAAAAUACAGAAUGCACUCCAUACACCACGACAGAUUUUUAGCUCCGAUCAUAUAACGGAUCCACUUUUUAAUCCUAACGUGGUGAGAAACAGGCAGCAAGCCAUACUCAAAGGACUCUCGGAACUACGGCAGGGCCUCCUCCAGAAGCAGAAAGAACUGGAGACAUGUCUUAUUCCAAGCAUUAUAAGUCAAGAAGAAAGUUUUAUUUCACCAUUUUAAGUACUCCAAGGAUUGAUAAACUUAUUUUAUUACAAUGGCACUUUGUACUUACUACUGUAAUUAUGAACCAUAUCUGUAUUACAAUGUGGACUUUUGUUCAAUUUGAGGAUGCUUGAAUAACUGACUACAUGUUUCACAUGCUGGAUAGAACUUCCAUCAGUAGAAGAAUAUCUUUAGCAGGAAGUGACACAAUAGCAUGUGGCUUUGUUUACAUGGAAAAUUUGUAUAAUUUAAAUUGUGUGUUUGGCAUGAGAAAUAAAUUAUUAGGCAUUUGAA